AUGAGCGAAGCUACCGAACGGCGACAGAUCAAAUGGUCGGCUCAAUUUGAUGUCUUGCCCGAAGCCGCAACACCGACAUCAUUGAAAGGUGACAGGAUUAUUUUACCCCAAGCCGCUCUUGAACAACUCCUCAGUGCGGCCACUGAAAAUGUCGUUUAUGAUCCCGGACCUGCUAUGUCGUCCUUCGACCCUUUCAAUCCCUACAGCUUUGCGGCGGAACGACGAGCGCGGGAACAGAUAGUCGAGAGACAACAGAACCUUCCACACCCUCUGACUUUUCGCCUGGUUAACCCAACAAAUAGCAGGAUACUCUAUGCUGGAAUACGAGAAUUCUCAGCUGCUGAGGAUACUGUCGGCUUGAGCUCGUUCGUCAGGACGGCUCUUGGUAUUGAAGAGGAGGAUGUUAAAUCGUCCAAUGAGGCUGAUAUUGGGCAUUCUCUAGACAGCAAGGAGAAGGCUAAGCUUACGAUCCACGCACAACAGCUGCCAAAAGGAACAUUUGUGAAGCUAAGGCCUUUAGAGGCAGGCUAUGAUGUCGACGACUGGAAGGCGCUACUCGAACAGCAUCUACGAAACACGUUCACAACCUUGACGAAUGGUGAGGAAAUUUUGAUACCCGCUGGCAAGGAAGUGUUUCGGUUCUUGGUAGAUGGCCUCAAGCCGAACGCGGAGGCCAUAUCGAUCGUCGACACAGAUCUUCAAGUCGAUAUAGAGGCUUUGAGCGAAGAGCAGGCACGCGAGACUAUGCAGAAACUCGCGAAAAAAUGGCAAAGAGCGCCUGGCACUAAGGAAGGUAGCUCAGCUGGGGGAAGCUGGAUGAUGAUACGACAGAGACUGGUCAAGCACCGGGCUAAGCCAAGAGAAGAUCAUUACGUCUUCGGCGAUUUGUCUUCAAGAUCAACGAAACGGGUAAAGGUUCGCCAUACUAAUACAGAACUGGAAGACUCAGAGGCUAUUUUCAUCUCAGUCAGAGGGUAUGCAAGGGAAUCUGACGACACAGGGCAAGUGAGGCCUAUACCAUUUAGCCUUCGCGUAUCAUCUGAGAACCAAGGCGCAUCAAAUCAAGAUGACUCGAGCGACGAUGUCGAAAUCCUGCAGCCGGAAGAAGAGCGCUGCUCGAAUUGCCAUCAAGCUGUGCCUAAGAGGACCAUGUUCCUGCAUCAGAAUUUCUGUUUCCGCAAUAAUGUCCUGUGUAACCGUUGCCAGAAUGUCUUUCUGAAGGCCUCUGAAGCUUGGAAUCACCACUGGCACUGUCCACAUGAUGACGCUCAUGGAAACUCGAUUACAUCUAAAGAUAAGCACGAUAAGGUGCCUCAACAAGGCCCGGAGGAUCCAAGCUUCGACUCUGCAGAAGUGCUUCUUUCCGGUCUCACUCCUCACGAGGUAACAGAUGGGACACGGACUACGGAAUGUCAUCUCUGCUUGAAGAUCGUGCGUCUAAGGGACAUGGCUGCCCACCUGAAACACCACGACCAUCAAAGACUAUCCCGUCGAAAGCCAAAGGUCUGUCGGAAUGCCAACUGCGGCCGCUCUGUAGACCAUGUCAGUAAGACUGGUGAAGUCAGAUACCAGACCCUCAACAACCUUGAUUUGUGCAAUGCCUGCUUUGGUCCACUUUAUGUCUCUCAAUAUGAUCUUGAUGGCAAAGUGCUUCGACGAAGAGUCGAACGUAAAUACCUCACACAAUUGUUAACGGGCUGUAACCAAAGCUGGUGUCAGAAUUCAUUAUGCAAGACCGGGAGAAAGAAUAAUGCCUUUGAAGGACCGUCUACUGUGACAAGCAAGGAGGCCAGCUCGUUGAUCAAACCGCUGUUGGAUGGCUUGAGAGACUUCAGUGUCCCAGCAUACUUUUGCACUGACGAGGCCAACCAGAAGCGAAGGACACUAGCUGAGCUGCUAGCCGCAGAGAAUGGGAGAACGCCUGCCAAUGGUAAAGGUCAGGACACAGGCCCAGGUCAAGAUGGGUACCAGCUCGAAUGGUGUAUAGCUGCAUUAGAGGUUGAAGCUGGCGAUCUUGAUAGAGCAAGGAGCUGGCUGCGAGGCUUCGCCCCUCGAAUAGGGGAAGGGGUCAACUAA